AAGACAGGCAAAUAACCCGCUGGUGACAGCCAAAGUGAACCGCUCCCCCAACAGUGAGCAGUCAGUAAAUAGGAUCAAACGGACAUUACCGGACAGCUCGGUGGGACUACAGUAGUAACGUUUCCCGUUUACGGGAGGCACGUUUUCUAACUUUGAGCCGACUAGCUAACUUACUUGGUUGGUUCUCGGCCCUAGUUCAAGUAACGCUAUCGUUAGUGCUGAUGGCAAACUGAGUGAAGACUGUUGCUUCGACUUUUAGCCAAAGCAACGUUGACGUUAGCUAUAACGUUAAGUUAGGUAUCUAGCAUUGACAGUCUAUGGUAUCUAGGCAGCAAAAGCUAGGUAACCUCGGUGUUUACAGUCGCAUCGAGUAGCCCGUUGCUCUAGCCUGUCACGUUAUCGAUAAAACGCCAGGUGGUCGGGUUGUUAGUAAAGAUGGGUGACAUAAACCCAUCGACAUCCCAUGCAUUUCAGUCGGAGGGUUUCAGUCCGCCACACAGGAGGAGGAGGACAGUAGAGGAUUUUAACAAGUUUUGCACCUUUGUCUUGGCCUAUGCUGGUUACAUCCCAUACCCCCAAGAGGACUCUCCACUACGCAGUAGUUCCAGCCCCCCCAACAGUACAGGCAGCACAGCUGACAGUGAUGGCUGGCCCCCGGGACCCCCAACCUCCUGCCCCCAGCGCCCUCCCAAGGUCCCCCAGGACAGGAGCAGGAAACGUCCACAGCCAGGAGCCACACUGUCCAGUCACACCAAGAAAGAUCACACAAUCACCACCCUGCACCCAGAUGACCGCAGGAAAGCUGACAAGCUGAAGAAGAAGAAAAGGAGAAAGGAGAGGGAGCAUUCGGCUGGUGAGGAAAGCGGGGUUCAGCAGGCCCACUCAACAGUCCCAGAGCUGCACUACCCCGUCUCCUUUGGUGGGCAAACGAUCAAAGAGGAACCUGAAGACGAUAUCAGCAUCCCCCUCCACCCCCAGCGUCUGCCUAACCCAGCCCCCUGCAAGGAGGAGCCCAAGGAGGAGCGUCGAAACUGGGGUGGUCAAGACGUUGAAGAAGGGGUGGUAAAGGUACAGAAGGUGGAGGGCUUUUCAGGAAACAGAACAGUGUUCCGCCAGGGGAAACAGGUGGUGUUCAGAGACGAAGAUGGAUCAGGAGAGGAUGAGGACAUCAUGGUAGACUCAGAUGACGACUCGUGGGACCUGGUGACGUGUUUCUGCAUGAAGCCUUUUGCAGGCAGGGCCAUGAUCGAGUGUAACCAGUGUCACACCUGGAUCCACCUGUCGUGCGCUAAGAUCCGCAAGAGCCACGUGCCAGAGACAUAUGUGUGCCAGAGCUGCCGAGAGACACACGGACCCCCAGAUACCCGCCGCUCCCACCGCUCACGUGUAGGCCCACGGAAACAUCUGCUAGACUGAUCCCAGGCCGUACCCUGAACUCUGACCCCUUCCACUCCUGCUUCCCCUCCACCUGCUGAACUGACCCUUCCUCAAAUUCAGGUCUUGCACCCUUCAGUCUCUGUCCUUCAUGGUCAGCCAAGAACCCACAUUUUCUAUAAACACUUUGGUGGACCUUUUCCCAAGCCCUUAUGCCAUUUGAAAACAGUUUGAGUGCUAUUUUAGAUUUACUAAGGUUUGUUUCUGCUUCCCUGCAGACUCUGUGCGUAAGGCAAUCACUGAAUGGAUGUCUGUCUGUAGAUGACAUUAGCAUAGCAGCAAACCGCUACUGACUACGGACUUGGUGUCUCGUGAACACUGGAAACAUUUGAACUGCCAUAUGGAGAGAAUAGCCUCACAACUGCCACCCACUAUGGUGCAUGCUGGGAUAUGUGGGAAAGACAGUUUGCACAUUUCUCACAUUUUUUACGUCUUUCUGAUUAAACUGGAUUUGAUUUCUCUAAGAUGCCUCUAUUAAUGUUACACAAUUAACCAUUUCAAAUGAGAAAACAAGUCAAGCCUUGUUAAUUGCUUCAGAUGGUGCUAUAUUAUUAAGCUGAGGUAUAAUCCAAUAGAACAAAGAUGUAGGAUAAGAGACUAGAGUCUGCAUCUGCUUCAUCUGUUUGUUGUUCUGUUUUGUUAUUUAAGACAUUGUAAAGGAAUAUCAUUGAGGCUUUGAGCCCGUACACCUGAACCAAGCGCUUGCUCCUCUUCCUUCUACUUCACAAACUGUCUUCCAGCCUUGGCUACUCCUCUGAAUCAAGAUGUUAUUUGGGCACACAUGGAGCUUUCACAUACUUUGCUUUUCAAAAAUGUUUUAAACAGUGUUCUUAUUUCACCAGAAGUCUGUCUCUGAGGAGUUUAUUCAUGAUAAAUAACUUAUUUCACAGAUUUGAAAAGCCAGAUACCUGCAAGAUUCAGAUAACAUGACAAAUUUUUCAGUCAACUGGUUUUCAGUUAAGGUGUUUUCUGUUGCCUCUGUUCAGGAUUGAAUACUUUUGUUUUCCAAACCGUUAAUUAAAUGUACCUUUUGUUUAACUGUUUCAUGCUCAAUGACAGUUUUCAGAGACAAGUAUAUUUAUAGAAGGGAACUCCUAUGGCCGUCCUGUUUAAGCAUCAACAGAAAAAAAGCUAUAUUAACUGGAAUAGCGUUAGAAAGAUUCACUCGAGUCCUGUUGAAAUUAUGCAUGUGUGUGUUUGUUUGAAUGGUUAACACUGUGUACGGGUGUUGGCAAUGCAUGUGCUGCUAUUAGUUGUCUCAACUGAGCUGAGGUAUUUUGUAAGAUGGAGAAUUGGAUAUCUGCAAAGUACUAUGGGCAGGGUCGGGUUUUUUUCAUUUGUAUCUGAAGGGUCAGAUCAGAAGAACAGAUCUCAGAACAGUCUCUUAUCACCUCUCACUAACGUUUUCACAGCAGUAUUCAGUUACUUCCAUAAUCAGUGGGUUUAAUGGGAAAAAUGUUUUUUAGGGCACUGUUUCCCUAAAACUUGCUGCAAUUUGAAUGAAAGAUUUUAAGCUUUGUUAUUCAUGUGCCAUCUGCUGUUUCUGAUUAUAUAAAAGCCAUACUGUAGAAUGACAGAUUUUAGACUCAGAACUUUGGAUAUUAGUCCAGGACGGGGUUUUACAAUGCAGAAUCAAUGACUUGACCAGGGAACGACUAACACACACAAUGAAUGUUUGGUUUGUAAGAAAAAAAACACAAGACUUUCUAAGAGUUUAAAGUGGUUAAGCUCAUCUCUGCACUCUUGUCUUCUGGUAUUUACAAAUGUUGGCUAACUGGUUUGUACCCAGCAAUCACCCAGGUCGUGAUGUUUUCUAGACGUUUCAAAACCUAAAAUCAUUUGCUGUUUCUCUGGACAGUCACGUCUUGAAGAGAACCUUGAAAUUUUAGCCUGCGUCUUUAAGACAUCAGUGUAAUUCAUGUUAACAGUGCUCAUUGUGAUACAGCUCGUUUAUUCUGAUCCUGAGUUGUCCUAUCUUCUUAUUGAGAAAGCGUUGUCUGUACUGUGGUGCAAACUGUUUCUGUGAAACUAUUGUAAUCUAUUGUAAAUAAAGAGUUACCAUUUUAA